AUGGCUCCAAGGAAGAGAGACACGAAGGCGGUAGCGAAGUCCCGUGCGGCAGAACCACGACGUUCGGGUCGUGCUGCUGCUAGUUCUGCCAAUGUAGCAGAACAGUCGGGUCUCGCCAUGUCGACCCCAAAAUCCGAAAUGAGCUCACGAGCUAGAACCCCAAGAAGGCCUGCCGCUAGAGGGAAAUGGAGCGAGGAGCAGCUAUUGACGAGCGACAAGUCCCUCCUCAUUGACUUGGACCUAGUGAAACUGUUGGCACGACCUGAAGCAUGGAAUUCCCUUGAGGAAAGCGAUAAGCGUGAAAUCCUCGCUCUACUCCCCCCAGAUGUCCACCCAGAGGCACAAGCUGCAUCGGAUGACCCGGCUGCAAAGAUACAACCCAUCCCCGACUCUUUUAUCCGCUAUUCAAACAAUUGGCGCGACGGCGUUCGACAGUUCCAGCUCGACCUCCAAAAUGGUCGCUACGACCCCGAAUGGCUACGCCAGGCGCAGGAAGCCAGGGAGCAGCGCGAAAACGGCGAGUUUGAUGACUUCAAAGAGCGCGAAUAUGAGCAGUUCUGGGGACAGAAGCAGAAAGCCGUAUGGAAUGCACCUGCUGGAGAAAGUGCACGUGUGAAGAUGGGAACUCUUAUCAAUGACGGUGUCAUCCAGCUGGGCGACAUCUGGAAAUUCUACUAUGUUUACGGUAGAGGGCCUGGCAGAAUUGUCAUCGAAAAGGAAGUCAAGGUUCUUGACCGUGAUGGGGUGAAAUUGACUUUUGCGAUUCCACCUGGUGAACGAGUCUUUCUUCGCAGCAAUUCCGACAAAGCAGAGCCAGUUUCAACGCCAGAGAAGGGAAAGGAAGAUGUGAAAGUCGAUUUGAACACACAGCCAGAGCCGGUGAUAUCAUCCUGGAAUGAUAAACAGUUGAAAUACGAGGACCCAGAAUCACAGCUCACCAAUGCAACCUCCAAUGGCGAAGAAAUGAAACUUUAUGCUGAUCAAGCGCCACAAGAGAUUCCUCCGACUUCUAGUGACAAGAUGAAUUUUGGAAUCGACCAGGCGUCACAGGAUACCCCUGCUUCUUCCAAUGUCGACAAAAUGAAGCUUGACAAUGACCAAGCGCCACAUGAGAUUUCUACGUCUUCCACUGAUGAGAUGCACACCGACACCGUCGCACAGCCAGUCAUUCCACCUUCAAAUGACGAAGAGACCCAACAAGAAACCCCGUUCAGCGUUGUUAUUUUCAGCCCCGGUGGUACGCGAAAUCAAAAACCCAAGCGCACAAUUCCUGAGCCCGAACCUCAGCCCCCAGUGAAACGCAAGCGAGGACGACCACGUAAAAAUCCACCAAAACAACCCAAGCCAGAGCCACCGCGAGAACCGGAGGUGUCUCAGGAAGUAGAAGUGACUCAACGCGAUGAACAGAGCCCAACUGUUCCUGUUUCCUUCAUGGACAUCGUGGCUACACAAAUCGAAGAAAACUGCAAAGCUGCAGCAGCAGCAUCCUCCGACCCAAAGCCCUCGCAGCCAGAAUCCCCUUUAUCUGUGCUUCCUUCAACUCCUGAGCCGCCAAGGCUCGCACCAGAGUUAUCUACGUCAGUAGAGGAGUCAUCCAUUGCCAAGACCAACGGCAAAAGUGAUAAAGCGGAAUUAAUGAAAUUAUCCCCAGCUCAGUUCGAUACACCUGCGGACAGCGUUGAGGCUUCCGUUAAGGCUUCCGUUGAGCCACCCGUCGAAACUGGGCAGGACAAAAUCACUAAACCCCCAAGUACUGAACCACAGAACGAUCUAGUCCUAACACCAUCUCAAGCUACUACUACUAGUGAGCUGGCUGAGAUCAUUGUUCCCAACCUCUCCUCUCCACAAGCGCUCGUUCAUAAGAUUCUACAAAUCGAUGGCCGCAUGCCGAACGGCCGUACAGCGAAUGCCUGGAAGGAAAUCCGGUGCUACAGAAACAAUCAGGACAUGGGUAGCCUCUUUGAUGUACGAGAGGCUUGGUUCCUCCAGCAAGGACAACUUGAGUAG